UUGACAAUAUGAAUUGUCAAAUCGGCUAGCUAAUGUUUCCAUUGCAUUUAUUAAAAUGAUAUUUAAAAUCUUUAUUUUCUAAUUUAUGAAUUUAAUAUAGAUUCGAAUUACAAUGAACCGUUUAGUAUGGAUAAGUAGAUGUCAAAUCAAUACAAUAAGAAAUGGCUUUUUUGGCUCUUCGAUACUAACACCUAGUAAAAAUAUACAAGAUGUAAUCUUAAUUCGUGGUCUACACGAUCAAAAAAAAAAUGCACGGUCUACUCUCAACUACGUUAUGGCUAUCGGUGUUAUGACUGUAGGUCUAAGCUACGCGGCUGUACCAUUAUAUAGGAUAUUUUGUCAGGCAUACAGCUAUGGUGGUACUACUGGGCAUGUCCAAUCAGACGAUAUAAUAAGCAACAUGCCUGUUAAAAAGCACAGGCCGUUGAAGAUUAAAUUCAAUGCAGAUGUUGCCUCCUCUAUGCAGUGGAAUUUUAAACCUCAACAAGUUGAUAUUACUGUGGUGCCAGGUGAGACAGCACUAGCAUUCUAUACUGCUCGGAAUCCAACAGACAAGCCUGUGACGGGCAUCAGCACAUACAAUGUGAUACCAUUUGAGGCCGGCCAGUACUUCAAUAAGAUACAAUGCUUUUGUUUCGAGGAACAACAGUUAAAUCCACAUGAACAGGUGGAUAUGCCAGUAUUCUUUUAUAUUGAUCCAGAGUUUACAGAUGACCCAAAAAUGGAAUAUGUGGAUGAAAUUGUGCUCUCAUACACGUUCUUUGAGGCUAAGAAGGGCAUGAAGUUGCCUGUUCCCAGCUAUAUUAAGCAGUGAAGUGAUUGUUACGUUUAGUUUAUUAUUAGGAAACUUUAUUAUACUUCAGUUGUAUAAUUACAUUGUGGUACAUAGUCAGAUUUUAGUCUAAUAUAAAAAUGGAAUAAAUAACUCAUAUAUUGGAUGGACACCAAUAUGAAGUACAUUAUUUGUACAUAAAAUGUAUUAAAAAAGAAUCAAUCGACUCCAUGUAGUAUUUCUGUGAGUAUAAUUUAAUUUUUUUAUCAAUUGUUAUGUUAAUAUGGAAUAAAAUAUUAAUUUGUUAUU